UUGUAUUGUAAUCUAUUAUAAUGCCAUAAUAUAGAUAAUUAACGAGUUAUCUUGAUUAUGACAUUUUCAAAUUAUCUGUGAWAUAAUAGUGAUAUUAGUAAGAAGAAGAACACAGAAUAAAUUCGAUCUAUUCUGUGUUAGUAAUACAGAAAAUCGAAAUGGUAUACUCUUAUGAUAGGUGCAAUUUGUGUAUUCAUUGAUCUAUUAUGGAAGUUUCCAGAAGAUGCAGUUGCAGCUGCUGUAAUAAAUGUAUGCAACAUCCGGCAUUUCAUACAAUCCAGAAAUUAAACAACAUCUAUACGUGUUUAGAUCGAUUAACCACACUAGAUAUAAGUUCUAGUAGUAUCUGUGAAGCACCUGGAUUUAUCGUGAAUCUUGUAAAUAUAAUCAAACUUGAUUUAUCAUCAAAUGAAUUGGAAACGCUGCCAUUGUCAUUUGUCAACUGUCAAAAUUUAACUGAUCUCAUCUUGUCGCAUAACAAAUUUUCGCAAGUUCCCCAAUGUAUAAUUGAUGGAAUGCACUCCUUAAAAAUACUUGAUUUAUCUCACAAUCAGCUCUCGGAUAUCAGCAUAAAACCAUUUUGUGUUCAAAGAUUACGAAGUUUAAAUAUCAGUAAUAAUUCAAAACUGGAUAGCCUUCCACAAUGGUUAUGGUCAGUUGAAUGUAAUUCAUUAGAGUCAUUGGAUAUAUCGUUUACAAAUUGUCUAGACAACAUUGCAGUAGAUCCUUAUCUCAACAUGUAUGGUAUUGGUAAUCAUCUGAAGUAUUUGGAUUUAUCCAACACAAAUUCUGAUGUUCAAAAAUUAGAUUUUAUCAAACAUUUAAAAAAUCUAAGAAAUUUGGUUUUGGAUAAUAAAAUUACAAUGAUAAAAAAUUAUCGUAAUUACUUCUGUGAUGUACCACUAGUAUUUAAUUAUCGAUUUAAAUUUAUUGAUUCUCUAAGUAUGAUCAAUGUUGAUCUAUCAAGCAUUGGAAAACUUGUUUAUUUCAGUUUGCCAAGUAUACGGUUUUUGAAUUUAUCCAACAAUUCUAUUGUGUUAUUGCCAGAUUCCUUAAGUCAAUUAAAAAACUUAGAAGUCUGUGAUUUUUCAAAUAAUCAAAUUUUAACAAUUCCUGAAAGUUUUAAAAGCUUAAAGAAUUUGAAAAGUUUAAUAUUAAAUAAUAAUUGGAUAUCAACAUUUCCAAAACUCAUUGAAGACCUACCAAACCUAGAAGUUUUGGAUUUGUAUUCUAAUAAAUUAGAUAUAUGUCCAUCAUGGAAUAUAMAUUCUAAWAUAAAACUAAUUGAUCUAGAACAAAAUAUCUUUUCUACUGAAGAUUAUGAUUUUGAUAUUAAAGCCAAUUAUUUAAAGUUGYUAAAAAAUCUACGUUCAUCAAUUACCGAAAGCCGGGCUGUAGGACCUUCAUGUUUUGAAGAACUUAAUGAUAUAGAAUCUGAAACAGAUGGAUCAAGUAGUCAUUGGUCAUCAUUAUCAAAUAGCUCUUCAGAACACAAUAUUCAUGGAGAAGAGGAAGAUGAUACUCAUUUUAAACAAGAAGAAUUGUGGGACUGUGAUUCCUAUCAAUUUACAACUGAUAUAUUUGAUCCUAAAAGUUUUGAAUUGAAUUUAAUGAAUGAAUUAAGAACAUUAGAAGUACCAUUAACUUUUGAUGAAAAAAAAUAUGUGCGAAAAGUGCGCUUAGCUAAUGAACAUUAUUUUUGUCCUGGUGAUGAACUUCCUAAGAAAUUGUCAACUUCUAAAUAAUAAUU